AUGGCCGUCCCAGAGCUGGAAGUGCCGCUCAAGGUGGAGCACAUUGCACCCAUUGGAUCCAAUUCAAAGCUGUUCACAGCAGUGAGCAUCUGGCAGCUUCACGAGCGGGGCAAGCUGGACGUCACACAGCCGUUCACGCGCUACGCCAACACUACGGCCCUGGGCCUGCCCCGCAACUGGUGCCCGCGCCUGGCCAACGCCAACGGCACUGCUGUGGGGGCGUGCCUGGCUCCGCCCACCAUUGAGCAACUGCUCCGCAUGUCCGGGGGCAUCGUUGAUGCAGGCAACUGCGAGUACCCUCCUGGGUCUUGGCAGCUGAAGUACUGCACCCAAGACCAGCCCGCAUGCAUGCCUGCUUACGCGCCGGACGCGUUCUUUUCCAGCAUAUUCGGGGCCGCCGAUCCCACCGCCACGGUCAGGAAUGCGGGGUUCCUGUUGGCUCCCUUUGACUUUGUACCCGGGACGGGCCACCACUACAGCAACGAGGCAUUUCAGAUAGCCUCUCACAUUGUGGAACACGUCAGCGGCCUGCCCAUCUCCGCGUACUUCAAGCGCAACAUCUUCCAGCCCCUCGGCCUCAACAGCACCUUCUUGGACGUUUCAGGCGGCCUGGAUGGCAUCUAUGCAAACACAGUGCCCUACCCUUCGUAUGUCGCCUACCUGAACCCUGUGGAACUUGGCAUGUAUGCAUUCGACAAGGGGUACAUCGGCAGCGCCACCUACACAGCAGGAACGGUCAACGCUGCAGCUCUGAGCCCCAAGGCCCGAGCCGCCGCCGGCGCAGGCGCCCCGGGACGCUGGGCGAAGACCGGCCGCUCGGCCCUCACGUCCGUGCCAGGGAGCGACUUUGGGUAUUCUUCGGGGUCUGGUGCCAUCCAGGGAAGCGUCGGCGACAUGGCGCGUUGGCUGCGCGCGCUGACGGUUCAGCCACAGCGGCUCGGGCUGAAGCCGGAGACAGUGCGGCGCAUGCUCAACACGUCGACGCGCAUCCCCGAGCCCAAGGGCACGACGCCUUUUGGGUCGGUCGGUGGCGCCGUCGCGGCGCUGAAAGGGCGCCUGCGGUACGCGCAAGGCGUGGUGGUGGUCCAGGACCCAUCCAACCGCCGCUUGGGGGUCUCAGGGCUCUUCUACAAGGGCAGCCUUGGGGGCUUUGAUGCUACGUAUUACCUGGCCCUCCACCCUACCGACCCCUCAAAGGACACGUUUGUGUACGUCAUGACCACCACAAAUACAGCUUUUCCGGCUUACUCCCCUUACAUCGUUGCAAACGGCAACCGCUGUUCUUUCAAACUGAACAACGCUUCGUCCUCGCUGCCCGCAUACAUGUGCGAUGCCAAAAAGCCCCUGAUGGGGCAAGGACCCGCAGCGCUGCUACUGGACACGUAUUUGAAGGGAUUUACAGGAAAGGGAGCACUGGGUCUUUGA